CUCGGUCUCUCCUCCCUCUCUUUCACAUCUCUCUUGAAUUUUCUCUCUCCUCCAUUGCGAUCUCUGCAACUUUUCUGUUUAAUCUAAUUGUUAUUCGAAUUGGGUUUGUUCUAAACUUCUCGUUAGAGCUGUGACUUCUUUAGUCUUGAGACCCACCUCAUUCAAGGAUUUUUUUUUGCGGCAAUUUCAGCUGGGAAACGCAAUGUGAUGGUUUUCUUCAAUUCGAAAGUCUAUAAUUCGAUGUACAUGUGAGUUUGAGAGGAAAUUAAAGCGGGCCUCAGAGAUGUUAUGGGAAAAGGUAAUGUCAUGCUGAUUUGCUGCAAUUAUCUUUUCCUCGGCUUCAGUCGUCCUUGAAGAAUUUUAACUUAAUUCUUCUAGAACAAUGAUAUGAACUAGGAGGCCAUUUGAGGGGGGCGGUGAAGAUAGCGUUGUGGGUUUCUUCUGAUGAUUAGAUCAGCUGUUAUCUUCAUAUAAAGCUGAAAACCCAUCAGAAUGGCGAGGGGCAGGAUAAGAGCGAAGCUCCGCAGGAGCAACCUGUACACAUUUGCAUGUCUCCGGCCAACCACUCAAGAGACCGAGGGGCCACAUCAGUUCCAAGGCCCUGGUUAUUCAAGAAUGGUUUACUGUAACCAGCCUCAUGUUCAUGAAAAGAAACCUCUUAGAUACCGAUCAAAUUAUAUAUCCACUACAAAGUACAAUAUUGUUACAUUUCUACCCAAGGCUAUUUUUGAGCAAUUCAGACGUGUUGCCAACUUAUAUUUUCUCCUGGCAGCAAUCCUGUCACUUACUCCAGUUGCUCCAUUCUCAGCUGUCAGCAUGAUUGCUCCCCUAGCCUUUGUUGUUGGGUUGAGUAUGGCAAAGGAAGCUUUGGAAGAUUGGCGGAGAUUUAUGCAGGAUAUGAAGGUUAAUUUACGUAAAACUAGUGUACAUAAAGGAGAUGGUGUAUUUGGUUAUAGGUCAUGGAGGAAGCUUCGGGUUGGAGAUAUAGUGAAAGUGGAAAAGGAUAAAUUUUUUCCUGCAGAUAUCCUUCUUUUAUCAUCUAGUUAUGAAGAUGGAAUCUGUUAUGUGGAAACUAUGAACUUGGAUGGAGAGACAAAUUUGAAGGUAAAAAGAGCUUUGGAGGCAACUCUAGCUUUUGAUGAAGAUUUGUCAUUCAAGGACUUCACUGCUACAAUAAGAUGCGAAGAUCCCAAUCCUAAUCUUUACACUUUUGUGGGUAAUCUGGAAUAUGAUCGUCAGGUUUAUCCUCUUGAUCCCAGUCAGAUUCUCCUCAGAGACUCAAAGCUCAGGAAUACCGCCUAUGUCUAUGGAGUGGUGAUAUUUACGGGUCAUGAUAGCAAGGUUAUGCAGAAUGCAACCAAAUCACCAUCAAAAAGGAGUAAGAUUGAAAAGCAGAUGGACAAAAUAAUAUACAUACUUUUUACCCUUCUUGUCUUGAUUUCUCUGAUUAGCUCAAUAGGCUUUGCUAUCAAGGUGAAGUACCAGUUGCCAAACUGGUGGUACUUGCAAGCCCCGGAUAGCCAGAACUUCUACAAUCCACUCAGGCCCGAGUUGUCAGGCACAUUUCAUCUAGUCACAGCUCUCAUAUUAUAUGGAUAUUUAAUACCAAUAUCCCUAUACGUGUCAAUUGAGGUUGUCAAGGUCCUGCAAGCAUUGUUCAUCAAUAAGGACAUUAACAUGUAUGAUGAAGAGACUGGAACUCCUGCUCAAGCAAGGACAUCAAACUUGAAUGAGGAGUUAGGCCAAGUUGAUACGAUCCUUUCUGAUAAAACUGGAACUUUGACAUGUAACCAGAUGGACUUCCUCAAGUGCUCAAUUGCUGGAACUUCAUAUGGCAAGAAAGCUAGCGACGUGGAAGUCGCUGCAGCAAAGCAGAUGGCAAUGGACCUUGAGGGGCAAGAUCCUGAGUUAGCAAAUGUAGUGACUCCAAAGAAUCAUACAACCCUUCCCUGGGAAACCAAUGGGCAGGAACUUCGGGCAUCAGAAAUAGAAUUAGAGGCUGUUAUUACCUCAAAAGAUGAAACAGACCGAAAACCUGCUAUAAAAGGGUUCAGCUUUGAGGAUGACCAUCUUAUGGAUGGAAAUUGGUUAAAAGAGCCCAACACAGAUUUCAUCUUACUAUUUUUUAGAAUACUUUCUCUUUGUCAUACUGCAAUUCCUGAGCUAAAUGAAGAAACUGGCACUUUUACUUACGAAGCAGAGUCACCCGAUGAAGGCGCAUUUCUGGUUGCUGCUAGAGAAUUCGGGUUUGAAUUUUGUAAAAGAACUCAAUCAAGUGUAUUUGUUCGGGAGAGAUAUCCUUCUUUUGACAAGCCUGUUGAAAGGGAGUUCAAAGUUCUCAACCUGCUAGAUUUUACAAGCAAAAGGAAACGAAUGUCUGUUAUUCUUCGUGAUGAGAAUGGACAUAUUCUUCUUCUAUGCAAAGGCGCAGACAGCAUCAUCUUUGAUAGAUUGUCAAAAAAUGGGAAAAUGUUUAUUGAAUCCACCACAAAGCAUUUGAAUGAAUACGGGGAAGUUGGUCUGCGUACACUGGCACUUGCCUACAGGAAGCUCGAUGAAGCUGAGUAUACUGCCUGGAAUGAGGAGUUUUGCAAAGCAAAAACUUCAAUCGGUGGUGAUAGGGAAGGAAUGCUUGAACGUGUAUCUGAUAUGAUGGAAAGGGAACUGAUCCUUGUUGGUGCAACUGCUGUGGAGGACAAACUGCAGAAAGGGGUGCCUCAGUGCAUUGAUAAACUGGCACAAGCUGGACUUAAGCUCUGGGUGCUGACAGGUGAUAAGAUGGAAACUGCAAUUAACAUAGGAUUUGCUUGUAGUUUGCUUCGACAGGGUAUGAAGCAGAUAUGUAUAGCAGCAAAUGCAGACUCAUUAGCUCAAGAUCCAAAAAAGGCUGUAAAGGACAGCAUUUCGAUGCAAAUUGCCAAUGCGUCUCAAAUGAUCAAACUUGAGAAGGACCCCCAUGCUGCAUUUGCAUUGAUCAUUGAUGGGAAAUCUCUGACUUAUGCCCUGGAAGAUGAUAUGAAGUACCAGUUCUUGAAUUUAGCAGUUGACUGUGCAUCUGUCAUAUGCUGCCGUGUCUCUCCUAAGCAGAAGGCUCUUGUGACGAGAUUAGUAAAAGAAGGUACUGGAAAGACAACCCUAGCCAUUGGUGAUGGUGCAAAUGAUGUUGGAAUGAUUCAAGAAGCAGAUAUCGGUGUUGGCAUCAGUGGUGUGGAAGGAAUGCAGGCUGUGAUGGCAAGCGACUUUUCUAUUGCACAGUUCCGGUUUCUGGAGAGACUCUUAGUCAUACAUGGUCAUUGGUGCUACAAGAGAAUUGCCCAGAUGAUAUGCUAUUUCUUCUACAAAAAUAUUGCUUUUGGCCUCACUCUGUUCUACUUCGAGGCCUUCACUGGAUUUUCUGGACAAUCCGUAUAUGACGAUUGGUAUAUGAUACUAUUCAACGUUGUGCUCACUUCGUUGCCUGUCAUUUCGCUUGGAGUAUUCGAGCAGGACGUUUCUUCUGAAGUGUGCUUACAGUUUCCUGCACUGUACCAACAAGGGCCCAAAAACUUGUUCUUCGACUGGUAUAGGAUAUUCGGGUGGAUGGGGAACGGUCUAUACACAUCCCUCAUCAUUUUCUUCCUCAACGUUAUCAUAUUUUACGACCAAGCUUUCCGAGCUGGAGGUCAGACUGCGGAUAUGAGUGCUGUGGGCACAACAAUGUUCACGUGCAUCAUCUGGGCUGUGAACUGCCAGAUUGCACUGACGAUGAGUCACUUCACCUGGAUACAGCACUUCCUGGUAUGGGGCAGCGUUGUGACUUGGUACGUUUUUCUCUUCAUUUACGGGGAGAUGUCUCCGGUCUUCUCUGGUAAUGCCUACAAAAUCCUCGUGGAAGCUUUAGCCCCUGCCCCAAUAUAUUGGUCUACUACCCUCAUAGUAACAGUCGCAUGCAACCUCCCCUACUUAACUCACAUAGCAUUCCAAAGAUGUUUCAAUCCCAUGGACCACCACGUCAUUCAAGAGAUCAAGUACUAUGGGAAAGAUGUUGAGGAUCGGCAUAUGUGGAGGAGGGAGCGAUCCAAGGCAAGGCAAAAGACCAAAAUCGGGUUCACUGCACGGGUGGACGCAAGAAUCAGGCAAUUGAAAGGGAAAUUGCAAAAGAAAUAUUCAACCUUGGGAGGACGUAGCACCUUGGCUUCAUCUUGAUUGUGAAUUUUUUUUUUUUUAAACUCUUUUUUCUUCCUGUUUUGGCUUCUAGUAUAGCAUAUUUUUUUUUUCUUUUCCUUUUUAGGCCAUCUUCAGUUUUUGAUAUAUGGUCCCUUCUACGGCUCAUUCUUAACAUUUUUUUGGCCUAGUAUACUAGCAUAGUACAUAGCGAGCGAGAGAGGUUCAUUCAUUACGUCAAAGCUUUUUGGCUGUUGUAUGUAUUGAUUCAAUAUUAAGCUGUCUAUUGCAAGCUUUUGAAAUAUAGCCAAUGCAUAUUUUUGCC